AUGUCGCACCCUUUUCCCGCCCAGGUCUUCCUCCAGCGCGCGUUCGUGCUCAAGGGCCGGCGCCACUUCCCCGAGCGCGUCUUCGGGCCGCUGGUGGCCGCGCUCUCCGUCGCGACGAACGCGGUCUGCGGCGCGUUCUACUUCGACGACCUCGGGCUCCUCGGGUCCCACAUCACGCCCGUGCUCUCGCCGGACGUGCCCAUGGAGGCGCCGCCGCCGGCGUCGAACUCGGACGUCGCCUUCUACUUUGCGGGCGUCGGUCUCGCCGUCGCGGGCACGCUCCUGACGCUGCCCCUCGAGCCCGCGGGCGACGAGAAGGCCGAGGCGGCGGCCGGGGCCGACGCGGACGAGUUCGGCGACGGGUCGCCCUACGACCCGGAGUACGACCAGCACGUCUUCGGGGACGCCUACGGCGCGCUGACGAAGGCGCCCCUCGGCGACGACCCGCUCCUCGGGCCGGGCCGCAAGCCCAAGGAGCAGAAACGCGACUGGAACUGCGGCGCGUCCGCGCGGACGGGCUCCCGGGACCCGCCGCCGCCGACCGGCGGCGGCUCCGCGUGGGAGGCCGCGGCCGCGGAGGCCAUGAACAACGGCGCGACCUUCGCCGCGUCGCUGGACGCUGAUCUCUAA